AUGUCAAAACAAAUUAUUAUAUAUGGAGGACGUGGAGCUUUAGGUGAUUGCUUGGUUCGCUAUUUUCAGAGCAAAAAUUUUAAAGUGACAUCAAUUGAUUUGAAGCAAAAUGAACAGGCUGAUGUUAGUAUUGCACUUAACGAUAAUGAUAGUCUUGAAAAGCAAGCUGAAUUUGUUUCCGAACAUAUUCAAUCAUCGUUGAAUGGCGAAUCAGUUGAAGCUAUUUUAAACGUUGCUGGUGGCUGGGCUGGUGGUAAUGCUAGUGAUAAAGAUUUCAUAAAAAAUUCGGAGAUGGUAUUCAAACAAAGUGUUAAUUCAACAUUAAUUGUUACAUCAUUAGCCAGCAAAUUCCUUAAGGAAAAUGGAUUAUUAACAUUUUCCGGUGCUGCAGCUGCUCUAGGUGCAACACCAGGUAUGAUUGGCUAUGGUGCAGCCAAAGCAGCUACAAUACAUAUCGGUAAAAGUUUGGCUGCAUCUAAUAGUGGUAUGCCAAAAGAUUCAUCCAUUCUCACGAUUGCACCGAUAACGUUGGAUACACCAAUGAAUCGUAAAUGGAUGCCUAAAGCAGAUACAAGUACAUGGACACCACUUGAAUAUAUUGCUGAGUUAUUCUAUAAAUGGAUUGAGGAUCCAUCUUCACGUCCAACUAAUGGAUCAGUUGUUAAAUUAACAACAACAGGUGGUAAUACUGAAUUAAGCUAUCAUUGA